AUGAAAAUCGAAGAAGUCACGUCACUGGAGCACGCGCAGCGCGUGGCUUCCCACAGUCACAUCAAGGGCCUCGGGCUCUUACCUGACGGGUCGGCCAAAGACACCCAUAUGGGAAUGGUGGGGCAACACCAAGCACGUGAAGCUGCUGGUCUCAUCGUGGAACUCAUUAGAAGCAAACGCAUGGCAGGGAAGGCUCUGCUGAUUGCUGGCCCUCCGGGCACUGGUAAAACUGCAAUUGCCAUGGCAAUCGCGCAGGAGCUUGGAAGCAAAGUGCCAUUUUGCCCCAUGGUUGCGAGCGAGGUGUACUCAAGUGAAGUGAAAAAGACAGAAGUACUUAUGGAGAACUUCCGCAGGGCCAUUGGCAUAAAAAUUAAAGAAGUGAAGGAGGUGUUUGAAGGCCAAGUCGUCAGCUUGACGGAUGAGCCGUGUGACGCUCUGACAGCAAGCGAAAACUCAUCACGCAGCGACCCUAGCGAGGAGGCUCCUUGCCCCCCUGUUCGAAUUACUCUGAAGACAAGCAAAGGGUCGAAGGCUUUGCGACUUCAAGCCUCCAUCAACAAGGAGCUGAGAAAGGAGAAAGUUGCAGUGGGGGACAUCAUUUACAUUGAAGCCGCCACAGGUCAGGUGCGGCGAGUGGGUCGGAGUGAAGAAUUUGCUGGCCAGUUUGACCUCGAGGCAGACAAGUACAUACCUGUUCCCAAAGGAGAUGUUCACAAGAAGAAGGAGGUUAUUCAGGACGUUACUCUUCACGACUUGGAUGCCGCGAACGCGAAACCUAAUGGCGGCGCUCCCCUUGCAUCUUUGCUUGGGCACUUUUCGAAGCCACGAAAGACGGAGAUUACUGAAAAGCUCAGGCAGGAAAUAAACAAAGUUGUCAACAAAUAUAUUGACCAAGGAGUAGCUGAACUUGUGCCUGGUGUCUUGUUCAUUGACGAGGUUCACAUGCUCGACGUCGAGUGCUUCACCUACUUGAACCGUGCCCUUGAAAGUCCCCUCUCUCCUGUUGUUGUUGUUGCUACAAAUCGAGGCGUUUGCACGAUUAGGGGUACAGACGUUCUGAGUUCUCACGGAGUUCCAGUGGACCUAUUGGACCGCAUGCUUAUUGUUCGCACACAACAGUACGCCAAGGAAGAAAUUAGAAAGGUGCUCGAAAUUCGCUGCGAAGCAGAAGGACUUUCUCUGACGCCUGAGGCUGCGGAUAUGUUGGCGUCUGUGGGUGUCCGCACAUCUCUGCGCUAUGCAGUCCAUCUUCUGACUCCAGCUGCCAUUCUAGCAAAAGCUGAUAUAACUGAUUAUGACUGUGAUAAUGCAGAGUUAGAGGAACCAAGUAUUCAGCUACGGCAUGUGCAGCAAAUCGAUAGUUUGUUUCAGGACGCCAAAACGUCCUCGAAACGGCUUGCAAGGGAAGCAGAUUUCUUUAUCCAAUAA